UAUCUCACACCUGCAAGUCACCACCGACCCAGACGCUCACCCAGCCUCCUCCGUCCAGUUUGCUCCUCCUUCUUCUCCUUCCUCAGCUGCCGUGAUGCCCAGAGACUCCGCGGGGAGUAUGUUCGGCGGGGCGGGGGGCCGAGGCACCAGGGUGUCCAUAUCGAGCCUGGAGGGGCUGCGCAACGCCAUGCGUAAAGAUCCCCAAAGGGACGCGGCUGCUGCUGCUGCGGCGCCUGCUGAAGUGGCCGCGGACGACAAGAAGACGAUGCAGGGGCUGAACGAGCGACUGGCCGAAUACCUGGCCCGGGAGGGCCAGCUGGUGGAGGCCAACAAGAAGAUCCAAGCUGAAAUCAAUGAGAUUCUUGCGAAGAGAUCCGCGCAGGACGGCCGCGAUUGGAAUGAGAUCAAGAAACCGCUGGACGACCUGAGGAACAAGGUCAAGAAUAUGACGAUGGACAUCGCCAAUGUUAUGCUGAAGAUCGACAACUCCAAGCUGGCCAACGACGACUUCCAGAACAAGUUGGACACUGAGAACGAGUUGUGCCGCACAGUGGAGCGCGAUCUGAUUGGUCUAAAGAACAUCUUGGAUGACACCAAGCUGCAACGCCUGCAGCUCGAGGGCGAGGUGGAGUCCGUGAAAGAGGAGCUGGCCAUCCUGAAGAAAGACCACAACGACGAGGUGGAGGAGCUGCGGCAGAAGAUCAGGGACUCUAGCAUCCACGUGGAGGUGGACUCUCAGGAGUCCAACCUGGCCGAGACCCUCAACAAGAUCCGGGCUGCGUAUGACAAGCUGGCCAAGAAGAACCAGAAGGAGGCUGAUAACUGGUACCAGAGCAAGUUUGAGAACAUCAAGGUGGAGGAGGCCCAGAACACGGAGGCGCUGCAGUCGGGGAGGUCGGAGCUCAACGACCUCACCAGACAGAGGCAGAUGCUAGAGCUAGACAUCCAGUCUAUGAUCCGCAUGAUCCGCUCCCUUGAGGAGAACCUGAAGGAAACAGAGGAGCGUUACGGCGGCGAGCUGUCGCGCCUGCGGCGCGUCCUGCAGGGCCUGGAGGCAGAGCAGGGCCAGCUGCGGGCCCAGUUGGGGCGCCAGGUGGAAGCCCACCAGGACCUGCUCAACGUCAAGAUGAAGCUGGAGGCCGAGAUUGACGAGUACCGCAAGCUCAUGGCCGGCAUCUUCGCCGACGAGGACAGAACCGACGCAGUCUGACCUGGAGGUCGGAGGAGGAGGAGGUGGAGGAGGAGAGGGAGAAGAGGGUGCGGACAACUGGCAGGAGGAAGAAGGAAAAUAAAAUGGCGGACUCGUUUGGUCUGAGAGCGGACGGCGAGGUCUCAGCGGUGCCGGGAAAUGUAGCCGAUAAAGAAAAUAAGAAAAAAAAAGCUAAGAAGAGUUCGAGUCAUCUUCGUCCUCCUCUUCUUCUUCUAUCUCCUCCUCUUCCUCCUCAUCCUCCGAGUCGGAGAAGGAGGAAGAGAAAACCGGCCAAUCGGAUGAAGCAAAGCCUGAUCAAACAUCUUGAGCUUCGCUAUGAAUGGCUGUCUAAAGCCGUAGCUCUGAACCUGUUACAGAGAUGUGUGUGUGUUUGUGUGUGUGGGAUAUCUUUAUUGUGAAAUAAAUAUAUUUGGGGUCCAAAGAC